UCCAUUCUCAUCCCUUUCGCUCCUCCCCAAAGUGAAAAAGCACCCGGUGUAAACCUCAACCGCCGGAAGUGAAAUUUCGUCGCCACCACCACCGCCGCGGCUAAGCCCGGCCGCCGCUGUGCCGGCCCCGCUCGCCCUCCCGCACCCCUGCUGCACCUCCUCUACCCCCCCAAUUCCGUCGGGAGAGCGCUGCCACCGCCGCCUCCCACGUCGUCCCCAGACUCCGGCGAGAUCCUCCCUCCUUCCAGGACCUCUCUCCGCCGCCCCGUUAGGCUCCCGCGAGCACCGGACCGAGCAGGAGCACCUCGGCUCGAUCUCCGCCGCCGCCCCGCCGUUGGCUCCGAGCCGCAGCCCCGACCUCCUCCGGCUUCGCACACGGUGACAAGGACCUCGUCCAGCUUCUCCCCUGCGUCCCGCGACCACCCGCGUCGUCCUGUUGACCGCGGCGCCCACCACCGGCCACCCUGCUUCAAACGUGUUCGACCGAAGUCCCCCAAGAUGAAUUUGCUUGUGCGUGCGGUUUUCGAUGACUCGCCCUCGGAUGCUGACGAGGAGAUGGCGGUGGAGUCUUUGAUCGAGAUGCAGGCCAAUGUACAGCCGUGUAAACCUACUGAUGUGUGUCGGCAAAAUAUAGCGGCUGAAAGCAGCCUUCCAGUGAAGGCUAGAGAUCGACCCACUGCCCCUGCAAGACAAAGCUGUCUAUCAUCAUUUCAAAGUGUGCCACUAUCUCAUCAUGAAAAGAUGAAGAACCCACUUGGAGACAGCGAAUCCAUUAGCUUUCAAAAAGAAGAUUCAGCUUCAGGACAUGUCAAGGUGAUGUCAUCUGAUGAAACAGAUGGUAACUCCAACAUAUGCGUUGCUUGUGGAACCCCAGGAACUCUUAGGUCCUGUGAUGGAAAAGGUUGCCAAAGUAGAUACCACAUCUCUUGUUUGUAUCCUUCCCUGGAAUAUUUGUCUCCUGGAAUUUGGUUCUGUACCAGCUGCACGAAUAAGAGGUUCCAGCUUGGCAUACAUUCUAUCGUUGAUGGAAUAGAGUCUGUGUGGGAUGUCAAGGAUGCUGAGGGAAUGCAAAAUAGCAAGCAUUACUUUGUUAAGUAUAAGAAUCUGGCGCAUGUCCAUAAUCGGUGGGUUCCAGAAGGUGAUAUCAAUGUCACGCCUGGAGGUCCUGAUCUUCUUUCCUUGUUUAACAAGAGGAAUCAUACUGAAAAGGCAAUUUGGAAGGAGGAAUGGACUAAGCCACACCGCCUGUUAAGGAAGAGACUGCUCUUGGCACCAAAAUUAGCUGAUGAUUUCUUUUCCUCAUGUGAUGUUAAAUAUUCAUAUUGUACUCUUGAAUGGUUAGUGAAAUGGAGGUGUCUUGGCUAUGAUCAUGCAACAUGGGAAUUAGAGACUCUACCCUGUUUGCUUACGCCCGAGGCUGACCAACUUAAAAAGAACUAUGAGAACCGCCAUGAGGCUGCAAAACAAUCAUCUAUAAAAGCAAAGGUUAAGAAAAGCUCAUUUCAGAAACUUCAGAGAUUACCAGAUGGGUGUCAUCCUGAUUUUGACAGUGAUCACUUGUGUUCUAUCAAUUACCUCCGAAAGUUCUGGUACAAAUCUUUUGGCGCCGUUCUUGUCGAUGAUAAGGAGUUUGUAAUAAAGACCAUCUUAUUCACAAUGUCUGUGUUACCUGACUCCAGCCAACCCAUCCUAAUUGUCACAACUCCUGCUUCUCUAUCCUUAUGGGAGGUUCAGUUCAAUAACUUGGCACCAUUUAUCAAUGUUGUUGUGUAUGAAGGAGGGAAAGACAAGCUCAAAUUAAUUCAAGAUUUGGAAUUUUAUGAUAGCGGAAGCUCUGUUAUGUUACAGGUUCUCUUAUCCCAUGCUGAUGCUAUCUUAGAGGAUAUCGAACCUAUAGCCCACAUUGGUUGGGAGGCGGUCAUAGUUGAUUAUUAUCAAAAAUCAACCCUACAGUAUCUCGAACAACUGAAGCAACUUUCCACUGAUUUUAGAAUGUUGCUUGUGAGCUCCCCAAUUAAGGAUAAUCUUCCUGAGUACAUGAAACUUUUAGGUUUCCUUGAUUCCAGAGAGCAAGAAAAUGGCAAUUGCGCUGAUACUGCUGAUGCCCUUGUGACGGCGAAAGUAAACUUCAAAAAUCAUAUUGCAUAUGAGCGCCGAGCAGAUUCUUCAAAACUAUUGGAGCAUUGGGUUCCUGCUUACAUGUCACAACUGCAGCUAGGGAUAUAUUGUUCCAUACUGCUUUCAAAUUCAUCUGUUCUCCAGUCGAAGAUGAAAAGUGGUAGCUCUCUUUGCGACAUUAUUAUGUCUCUCUCAAAGUGCUGUGAUCAUCCUUACCUUGUUGAUGAGUUCCUGCAAAAUUCGACUGUCAACAUUCACAAUUAUACUGAUACUCUAGAUACCAGAGUGCAAGCGUGUGGCAAGCUACUGCUUCUUCAUGAAAUGCUUAAAGAAAUAAGGAACAAGAGGCUGAGAGUCAUUAUUCUUUUUCAAUCUAGUGUAGCAGGUGGAAACGCAACGGGUGAUAUAUUGGAAGAUGUUGUGUUUGACAGAUUUGGCCCUGAUUCGUAUGAGCGUGUUGAAAGUGGCGCACCAUUGUCAAGGAAAGAGGCAGCAGUAAAUAUGUUCAAUGACAAGACUAAGGGGAGGUUUGUUUUUCUGAUUGAAAGUCGUGCAUGCCUCCCAAGUAUUAAGCUGUCAUCUGCCGAUGCCUUUAUCAUAUACAAUAGUGACUGUAACCCACUAAAUGAUCUGAAGGCUCUUCAAAGAAUACAAAUAGAGUCACAACUUAAGUAUCAGGGCAUUUUCCGUUUAUACAGUCCUUUCACAGUGGAGGAGAAGCAGCUCAUGCUUGCUAAACAUGGUGUGCCUAUUGAUAACUACAAGGAUAUGACAGGUAGUUUAGGCCAUUCCUUGAUCAGUUGGGGUGCAUCAGUUCUUUUCACCAAACUUGAUGAGCUUCAGCAUGAUAAUUCAAGUAAAAACUUCGGAAGGGAUAGACAAUUUAUGGACAAAGUAAAGUUGAAGUUCUUAAAAAAGUUAGCCAAAAAUGUUGUAGACAGCACCAAAAUCAAUUGCACAUCCAUAUCGAAAGCUAAUAUGUGUGGGGAAUUUUAUUCAAGAAGCAUUACUCUAAUAGGCGAAAAUGUGGCAAUGCCUGCCUUGGAUGGAGAUCCAUCAAAUUUCUGGUUAAAUUUACUGAAUGGGAGAUCCCCUUGUUGGAACAAUAUAUCUGAGUCACCACAAUCAAGCCAUAGAAUGUUACAUAACAUAGAAGAACCUGUCAAAGUUCCUGCUGAAGAAGCUGAUGAAGCCAGAAGGAAGCGUAGAAAGCUUGACAGAAUCACAGUUCCAUCUUCUAAGCGUUCAUCUGACAACAGUCAUGGUGAUAUGUUACCUAAAAAUUGUACUACAUUGAGGCCCCCUCUUCAACAACUUGAUAAAACACAAGAAAAAGAAGGGGUGAAAAAACUGAUGAGCACACCCAAGAAUCUUCACGUUCAACUUAAGAAAGAACUGUCAAAGCUAAUCAAGGUGCUAGAACUGCAGGAUAAUGUAAGACUUAUGUCAGAACAGCUAUUUGAUUAUUUUCUGAACAAUCAUCAAGUUGUUAUCGAGCCAGUGGGCAUAUUGCGCGCGUUCAUUAUAGCCUUGUGUUGGCGUGCUGCUUCUCUUCUUAAUUGUAAGGUAGAUCUCAGAGAGUUGCUUGCCCUUGCUGAAAAAAACUUGAAGUGUGAGUGCAAUGAAGAGCUUGUGGCAUUGAUGUGUAGAAAAUUAAGGACCCUAGUGAAAAAAAUCCCAAAUAUAGCAGAUGAAACAAGCAUCAAGGGUCAAUCAGUGUCAGUAGAAGACACCCAACUUUCAUGCCAAGAGACCUCUAAUAACUUGGAAAAGGACCACAUGUUCCAAGAAAAGGAAAUGGAUCUUCAUGGUAAGUUCACAAAUGGUGCAUCUUAUGAGGUCUCUACUGUUGCUGAGCAGAUGAUCUCAGAGAGGCAGGAACCUGUUCAAGAAACUCGCAGAGAAUGUCACGUGCCACAUGAUGAGCUUCCUAACAUGAUUGUGGAGAAAUGUAUAUGUUUAGUUGACAAUGUUUUCUCCUUAAGAGAAAAGAAUAUCCUUUGCAAACAACAGCUCGAGAUAUCAGGUUUAGUGACACACAGGCAGAACAAUGUUAUCAGACUGAAAAAAGUAUGCAGUCUAGUUCUGGAACAUAUUCAUAGAAGUCAUAUUGAUGAAAUGACCAGGAGUAAGAAAAUAAAUCUGACUACUCAGUGGUUCACUAUGCUUAUGUAUGCAUAUUUGGAGCACAUGAAACUCCAGCAUGACAAGCUUGAGGGACUGCAGUCUGAUACAUGGUCUUCAGAGCGACAAUUGAAGGAAAAGCUCAACCAGGUAGCAAAAUCAGGCCAAUUAGAUCGAUACUUUGACCGGUAUAUUGCUCUACCUGACUCGAACUUUGUUAUGGAAGAAUUCAUCCAUUUUAAGGAACAGAAUGAUGAGCAUCGUAUUGCUGAAAGUUCUGUGUCUUGUCAGCAUUCAUCAAAUGACGCAUUGGCGAUGGAAUUUACAUUAGUACGAAAUGAAGUUCUGUCAGAGCCCACAUCUAUACAGGCAAUGGAAAAUGAGCCAGUUGAGACUUCUGUGGGCUCUGGCAGAGGACCAGCAUCAGAAGCUGCUGAUUUCCCAGAAAACAGCAUCCGCUGUAGUUCUGAUGGCAUUGGUGUACAAAGAGCUGGCUGUUCAUCAAGUAGCAUUCCUACAAAUGAUGAUUCUACCGGUCAGGAAUCCCCAACCAGUGAGUGUAGAAAUGCUGACCAGAUGGAGAUAGACAAUAUUGCUAAGCCAAAUAUGUUGCUGGGAGGUGCAACUUCUCUUGUUAGUGUAAAGAAUGAUGACAUUCUUGACACAGAUGGAGUCCACUUGGAGUCAACAAAUUUGGCUGCCUCACAAAGCCUUGUAGCCUUGGUUGGAACUCAAGCUGUUCUAUCAUGCAUGUCUCCCCAGCAAAGCACAGAUCUGUCAGCUCAACAAAAUGUAGCACCUUCAGGGUGUCCACCUGCCGAAGCAGAACAGACAGGUUUGUCGGACACACAGGUGGUUCAUGUUUUGCAGACUGAAAUGCAACCAUCAAUCUUACUUUUGGAUGCUCCACCUCAAAACACGCACCCUGAUGACAGGAGCCAAACAGGUUGUCAAGAAGAUAGAGUAACUGGACUGUCACAGGGAGGCGCAGCAAUUUCUCAGCAUUUAGGUGAUGUCAGAAUGCAAGUCCAGGAAAAAUAUGAUGGCAAUGUAGCUGCUUAUCCAGUGCUUCCAGCAUCUCCAACUUACCCUGCAGAUGGCCUAGUUCCCCUACCUGUGUCUGGGGAAGUUGAAUCCCAGAUUUGUGAACCAAUUAUAGCUGCAAAACAAAGUACAAGUCCACAUACCCAACAGAGUUUGGCAAUUUCGCAUCAUCUACCAGCUGAAGCAGAACCGUCAAGUAUAUUGUGCACAGAAACAGCUUGGGAUUUGCAGCCCGAAGUGCAACCAUCAACCUCAAUGCAGGAUGAACCCGCAGAGGUAGAGGAUGAACCUGAGGCAGAGGAUGAGCCUGAGGUAGUGGGCAUGGUGACAGUUCAUGAUCUCCAGGCCGAAAUACAACCAUCAGCCUCAGUGCCUGCUGGACAAAGUACAGGUCUGCCUGCCCAACAAAGUUUAGCAGCGUCACAACAUCCACCAGCAGAAGGGAAACAGGCAGAUGUAUUUGGCACAGAGCCAGCCUGCGAUUUGCAGACCGAAUUGCAACCAUCAACCUCAUUGCAGGAUGAACCUGUAGAGGCCGAGGAUGAACCUGAGGCAGAUGAUGACCCCGAGGUACCUGAGGUAGAGGAUGAACCUACAGAGGUAGAGCGAGCAGGUACCUUGGGUGCCAUAUCAACUCAGGAUUUGCAGCCUGAAAUGCAAUCAUCAACCUCAACGCAGGAUGUUCCAUUUGAACGAAUACUUGUGUUUAAUAAUCCAAUACUUAGUGACAAGCCGCUUAAAAAUGAGUUGGGCAGGUUAAUGCGUUGCAAAAAUUUGCUUAGUAAAGAGCAUGAGCAUAAGAAAUCACUACUUCUAAUAGAGUGCAACCAAGAAAUAGAGAAGAUAAAAAGAAAGUAUGACUCAUUACUUCAAAACGAGGAGUCUUCUCAUCUUCAGACCCAGAGGGAGCUUGCUGAUAUCUAUAGUAGCAAAGUUCAUGUCAAAAAAUCACUAGCUGAGAAUUUUCGAGGGGCAUCCACACCAUCAUCUACAGCUCCAGGGAGAUCAGCGAGCCCUGUAAUGGAGCAGCCAUUUGAGUCUUCUUCAGCUGCUCAAACCACAGCAUCACCAGUUAUCUCGUCAUCAGCCAUCAGACCACCAGUGCCUAAUCCACCAGUAUCUUAUGUCCGACCUUCGUAUGUGGCUCAGCCAUCAUGGAAUACGCAGCCACAGACAAUCCUACCUGGCAAUCUCUAUGGAACGACAUCAAGCUCACACCCACCUUGCCGAGCGUCCUUGCUGCCAUCUGGUGGACACCCAGAGUCCAUGGCUAAUAUCUUGCAGUCAUCUAGUUCAAACCCCAUCUUCAUGUCAGCCCACCAACAGUCAUCAUAUCCAAACAUGGUCUUGGGCAGCACCUCAGGUCCGCUGAAUGCAGCGCCAGGAAGCCAGCGUACUGGUGCUCAAAUUGCCGCUGUCAAUCACAAUCAAUCCAGCUCUGAAUUGGCAUCGCUGAGUGUGUAUAUACCAGCUAGGUUUGGCAUUGGUAGCAGUAGCAGUCCUGCAGGCGCAGGGGCCAGCCCAGAAGUUGUGUGCCUGUCCGACGACGAACCGUAGCAAUGCAGUCCCAGUUCGACUUGUAGGACGUUACUACUGGCCUCCUGUGGCAGCCAUAUGUCUUGUUGACUAAGAAGCCGAUCAAACUCCUCUAGCAUCAUCCUUUUAGCGAAGAGAUGUGCAGUUGCAAAUUGAAGAGAACAUUGCACCUGUUGAGAAAUGGUAGGGGCUGACGUAGUACUGGUCUUUUUACCAAAUUUUGUGUAGCGCCAGUUAAUAUAGCGAAUGCCUGACCCUUUAUGGAUUUCUAUGUGAAUCUAACUAGCUGGCCCUUUGUUAGCUUGAGAUUGGUCUUGGCUCUGGUCUACUCGAUGGUCUACUCGAUGCCAGAGCUGGGCCUGUACAUGUUCUGCUAAUUUCUGAUGACAAUCUUAAUAUAUAUCUAUCUUACUUGAAAGCCAAAAGAA